AUGAAAAAUAACGAGAAUGAACCUUACGUCCCUGGGACAGAGCGUGCAUUGGACGAAUCAAACCGCGGUUAUCGCUUGUUACGUCAGAUGGGCUGGCGUUCUGGCUUUGGCUUGGGUAAACACGAGCAAGGUAUCGUAGAACCUAUUAAAAUGAAGGAAAACCUCGUCCAUCUUGGUCUCGGCAAAGCGGAGGAGUACGACAAAGUGACGCACUUGACAACAAGUGUACGUCGUAAAAUGGAUGCAGAAGUGCAAGAGACAAUAGAAGAAAUUGCUUGUCGGGAAGCUAAAGGUGCAAAGAAGGAGCAAUUGAAAGAGGAAGUGAAAAUUAUGCAAGCAGCUUUUUACUGCUGUGAUUGUCGGAAACAGUACAAGUCGGUAACGGAGAUGGAGAAUCAUUUGAGUUCAUAUGAUCAUCAUCAUACGAAGAGAUUGAAAGAAUUACAAUAUCAAAAACGACGGGUGGGAACACAGGAAAAACAAAGUGUCAUGCGUGAAAAAGAGCACGAAAUGGAACGUUUAAUGCUGCAGCGAAGAAUAGCUGCACAAAAGCAAGUUACGCACCAACCAACGAACAAGAUAAAGUCUAUCACUGCUGUGAAAAAGAACAGUGAGAAUUCUCUAAUUAUUACAAAAAGUGGCUUUGGAAUGAAAUUUGGCACAAAGAAAUUGGCGAAGAAAACAUUGGUCGGAUGCAGUGCAACUCAGGCUUUUUCGAAUCCAUUUGAGCAAUAA